GUCUUUUGUGACACGUGUCUUAGAAAAAGUACAUAAUUAGAACAGCUUACUUUUUUUGUUGUUGUUGUUUCUCUUCUUUUCUAUUUUUCCAAAUAAUAAAGAUUAAUUUAUAAUGACUGGUGGUGGCGAAAAUCCUAAAACAAAGCAAGUUCCCAAGAACAAGGCCUGUCUCAUUUGUAUUGAUGGUUGGGGUAUCUCCCCUCUUAAGGAUCACUCUGGUGAUGCUAUCUAUAAUGCUGAAACACCUGUCAUGGACAAGCUCGAGAAGGAGGAUCCUUUCACCGAAAUUUCUGCCCAUGGUCACUCUGUUGGUUUGCCCGAUGGUUUGAUGGGUAACUCUGAAGUUGGUCAUCUUAACAUUGGUGCUGGUCGCGUCGUGUAUCAGGAUAUUGUUCGUAUUGAUCUUGCCAUGAAGAAGAAGGAAUUCGGUAAGGUUGAGAAUAUUAAGGGUGCUUUCGACCGUGCUAUUGCCAACAAUGGUCGUCUUCACUUCUUGGGUCUCGUAUCCGACGGUGGUGUGCAUGGUCAUAUCGAUCAUCUUAUUGAACUUUUAACUGCCGCCAAGGAAGCUGGUGUUCCCGAGUCCUAUGUCCACUUUAUUGGUGAUGGUCGUGAUACCGCACCCAAAUCUGCCGCCAAGUACAUGGGCCAACUUGUCGAAGCCAUCGAUAAGCUUCAAUACGGUAAGAUUGCUGAUAUUAACGGUCGUUAUUAUGCUAUGGAUCGUGAUAAGCGUUGGGAACGUAUCCAAAUUGCUUUCGACGGUAUGACCCAAGCCAAGGGUGAGAUUGCCUCUGAUCCCGUCAAGGCUAUUGAGGAAUCUUAUGAGACCGGUGUCACCGAUGAAUUCUUGAAGCCCAUCAUUAUCGACAAGGAAGGUCAAAUUAAGGAUGAUGAUACUAUUUUCUGUUUCAACUUCCGUUCGGAUCGUAUGCGUGAAAUUGCUCAAGCUUUCGGUAUUGCUCCUUGUCCUUUCGACUCUCCUGUCCCCAAGAACCUUGAAGUUUUCACCAUGACCCAAUAUAAGAGUGAUUUCCCCUUCAAGAUUGCUUUCCCUGCUCAAUCCAUGGAUAACGUUCUUGCCGAAUGGUUGGCCAAGAACGAUGUUCCCCAAUGUCACAUCGCUGAAACCGAAAAGUAUGCUCACGUCACUUUCUUCUUCAAUGGUGGUACUGAAGCUCAAUUCCCUCUUGAAGAAAGAGGUAUGGUUCCUUCUCCCAAGGUCCCUACCUACGAUCUUCAACCCGAGAUGAGUGCUGCCGGUGUUGCUGAGAAGGUUGCUGAAGCCCUUGAUAGCAACAAGUAUCCCUUUGUCAUGUGUAACUUUGCUCCUCCCGAUAUGGUGGGUCAUACCGGUGUCUAUGAGGCUGCCGUCAAGGCUGUUCAUGCUACUGAUACCGCCAUCGGUGUUGUCCUCGAAGCAUGUAAGAAGAACGGUUAUACACUCUUUGUCACUGCCGAUCACGGUAAUGCUGAAAAGAUGUAUGCUGAUGAUGGUAAGAGUCCUUUCACUGCUCAUACUACCGCUAAGGUUCCCUUUGUGAUGGCUGAUAAGGAUGCCAAGUUCAAGGAGAAUGCCGAAGGUGCUCUUUGUGAUGUUGCACCUACCAUUCUUGACUUUAUGGGUCUUGAUAUUCCCAAGGAGAUGACUGGACAGUCCUUGUUGGCUUAGACGUUUUGAUUUUUUUUUUUAUGUUGGAACAAAACAUUUUGUAUAUAUAAAAAAAGGAAUAGUUAAUUUUUAAAAAAUCAAUAAAACAUGUAAAAAAAAAGAUUGAUAACAAUACCG